UGGCGAAAUCUAGUGAAAUCGUUCGAACUUGAGAACGAUCAAAACCACACCUUUCUACGGAGGAAGAGCCUCUAUUUCGGACUUAGGGGGCUCUCACACCGUGACAGAGAGUCAGAGAGCGUGCAGUACUGGCGUUUGGUGUUCGCUCGACGCGUAGAGUGCGGUGUAUGGACGCGGAAUAAAUUAUCCGAGUGUCUCUCUGUGUAUGCCUGGUGCCUAUAAUAAUUGUUUUUCGUGGGGGGAUGAUGCCGGAAGCGAAGUCAGAAUGGCGGAACCUCAGACGUUCACCCAAUGGAAAGUUUAAGGCUUUUUCAGUACGGCUAAGAAACUCGCGAGGUGGGCAGUGAUACUGAAAAAUCGAACGUUGUGAAUAUUGUAUAGUGACAGCAGCGACCGAAGCGAAAUACAAUAGCGAAUGAUAAUUGAGAUUUUUGUCCCUAGGUAAUUCGCGUGGGGAAUUUUUUUUUUCCCUAAUAACCCAAUAAGAAUUACGGUUGGCAAGAGAGAGAAAAUGAGAUACUUAAAAAUUAUUUGAACUUUUUAUUUUAGUGAAAAAAGAAAAGUGUAAUUUUGGUGCUCUUAUCGAUUCAUCGUAAUUCUCAGUGUCAAAGUCGACGAUCGACUGUGAUUGGUUCUUUCACGAGUGUCACUAUAAAUAUUCAAGCGGAGACCUUGAAGAGUUAAAAAAAAAAGUAUCGAAACGUGCUCGCCUCGACAGUCGAUUUAAACUCCCGCCAAUUUCCACGUUCCCGGUUAAAGGAGUUGGCUGCGCAAUGUGAGCAUUGGUAGAAGAAGCAGUCUUAAAAAUCAUACGCAAUCGCGAGGAAGCCAUUUUCGUAUGGUAAACAUAAAGAAAUAUUAAUCGCGAGCGACGAUCGCAGCGAAAAUAAAUCAAUCGGUCGAUCACGCGUCCAUCGAAUUAUUCUAAUCCCUAGCACACUCACGCGAGUUUCGUUCGUUCAAUGAAAACAGCCUUGAGACAUGGUCAGCCAAUACGCGAUGGCCACCACGGUUCGUAAAGUUAAACAGGAAAGUCGUCUGAGACGGCAAAAUCAAAAUCAAGAUGAGGAAGGACCAUACAAACCGGUACCCCCGCCCAAGCCGGUGCAGAAUAAUCAGAAGAGUCAAAAUUAUCAGAGUCUAUCGAACGACCAGCAGCCGCUGGCGCAGACGAGCACACUGAGCGCAGCCCGUUCGUCAGGGCAGGAGAGCCUCGUGCAUAAUACUGGGCAAAGCCCGGAGUACAGGAUGCCACCGUUAUACGGCGAGGAUCAGAACCCAAGUCAGAUUCAACAAUCCGCCAACUUGCAGACACACAGCAGUAAAUUUCCGAUCGAACGCGAGGUGGUCCUAUCGUCCAGUGAUAAGAAUUCAAAAAUCCCGAUACUGCACGAGUACAAACAAAGGACUUCAGGGAGGGUAGCCAUUGCGCCCGAUGCCCCGGUUAAGCAGCAAGCCUGGGUACAGGAGGGUAAUCAGUUGCAAGAGUUGAGGCAAGAGGUGCAGAGAGGACUACAGUCGCAGGAGAAUUACUCGACCACGGCGACUGGAGCUGUACCAAGAACGUCUAAGAUCGAGGAGGAAAGAACAAAGUCCUUAUCCAGGACUUAUCACACUAUUAAAGAUAUGAUAUCAAGUAGAUUUGGACCAAAUCGAAAGGACGUUGAUGCCGAGCCAGAAGCCAGCUUGAAUAACGUGGCGGAAGAGCUGAGAAAAUCAAGUAGAAGUAUCAACGAGGAGGAAGCAAAGAAGAAGGAAGGUAUUUAUGGGAAGCCCAGGGCUCAGGAUCCUCCAGUAAAUAUGCAGCAAUAUCCAAAAAAUUCAUACGGUCAGUAUGGUCAUUCUUAUGGGUAUCAAACUGGACAGCAGAGUGUACCACUUCCUGGACAGUUGCAAGCUGGACCUCCGAUCCAGCCUAGCUUACCAGGUCAAAGUGCGCAGCUUCACGUGAGUCACCACACGCCAGCCGGUGUUCAAACAGUUCAUCAGACUCAGAUUGGUUCAUUUCCACAAACGCCGGGAGGUCAGCAGGUGCAGAGCGUGAACCGUGAAUACGUUGUACCUGGGCCAGGUGCAGUUAGCAGUUCGUCGCUGCAUCAAGGACUGCAUCAAACUGUGGCAGGUGCCAAACACGGAUUGUCCAUGCAGUCGCAAGCUCAGCAACAAGUCUACCAGAGUCCGCAGCAGCUGCUUCAUCAGAAUCAACUUCAUCAGAGUCCAAGAUUUGCUCAGCAACACGCUCAGAAUAUGCAUCAGCGGCAGAUAAUUCAGCAAAUGCAUCAGCAGCAGAUCCAGGCUGGUCAGCAGACGCCGCAAGCUGGCCUUAGAACUGGGCAACAGUUCACCAGUGGCUAUCAACAGUAUCAAGCGCGACAGCCAAUUUCUAGAUCUCAAAUAGAUUUGCCAAGCACGUCCAGACAAACUACGGAUGUGAGGAUACAGAGCCAAGAGGUCUAUUAUCACUAUAGUCAGGGAAGACCUCGUUAUGGGAUUCCGCAAGUCUAUAUGAAGACAGAAAGCAAUCAGGAUGUCGAGUUUCAGAGGAGAAACUCUGCCAAGAGGAUCGAGAAGGCCGCUUCGCAGCCUCAACUCAAUUACGAGGAUGAAAGACCAGUUGGCGCUGAUAAGAGCGAUCUUCUUGAUAAGGAGAAGUACGAGAUCACUGUUGAAGAUCGGCAGGCCGAGUUCGCCAGGAACGGAUCUCAGAGGAAGGAGGAGUACAGGCCGGAAACGAGUUUUGGAAUACGCAGGGAGGAAUUGCGUGCCUCCAAGAGGGAUCAGGAUUACGUCGAGGAGUCUAAGGAUUCCAGUGCCGUCCAGAAGAGGGUCGAGGAGCUGCAGAAGAGAGGAGAAACGUCGUACAGUCCAAAGCUGUCUAAGGAAUCGUUGGAUAAUGACAUUGUCAGAAAUACGACACAUAACACCUCCAAACGAAUCGAUGAUAAAAGACCGGAAGCUGUCAAAGAGAAUCCUAUUAAGGGUGAUACCAGGAGGGAUGACUUGGACCAAGGAAUGAGUCGACUGAAAAUCCAGAAUCAAGGAUCUGGAUCAGAUUAUGACAAAGCCGGGCAGAGCUCAUCAAAUGUGGAUUCGGGUCGAGGAUCUGCUGUGUAUUCCAGUGGAAGACGACCACCCCCUGAAGAUCAAGGUCUUCCUCAAGGACAAGAUUCCGAAUGGGUUGAUAUUGUAGAAUCUGAAUUGAGAAGUAUUCUGGAACCUAGGGAUGUACCUGCCAUGGCGCAUUCUACACUCUCUGAAAGUGUUUCCUCCGUUACGCCACCCUUGCCACCGUUAUCGCCGCACGGCAGUCCACGUACACCUAGAAAUCGAUACACAGCCAGUUUACCGUACGGCACAAAACCUAACUACAGCGACUACGGCAAGGGAACUGAUAAGAGAAGCUUCCCAAGUACUUCAAAGCAUCGCGGUGCUUCUACGACAAAGAAGGAAGCAGCUAAGAAGUUCUCUCAUCUCUUUGGCGUUGAGGCUGCAGACUUGACCUCCACUACGACAGGGCUUGACCUGGAUUCUAUGUUAGAUAGAAGUGACUCGGAUCUCAGUACCAAUGACGCAAGAACCAUUAGAAAACAAUUGGAAGGUCUUGAGAGCAUGUACAGUGAGGUAUUAAAACUCCUGGGAGGAAGUGUUAAAAAGAGACGGAAGGCGCGAGGACUGGCAAGUUAUGGAUCGGUAUCGUCCUUACCAACAUCUUCGGUAUCGUCGAGGCCUGUCACGAGGCAUCAUGAUAAAAGAAGGUCUCACAUAAUCGACGACAGGAUGAAGAAAGCCAAAGACAUCAAGAGCAUCAACAAAAGGUUCCAGAGAUUGGAGUCCCACGUAGUUACUCUGGCCAGGUCGGUCGCUCAUCUCAGUUCAGAGAUGCGAACCCAGCAUCUUAUGAUACAGGAAAUGGAGAAUAUACGGGGCGAAAUCGCCGCCCUGAGGACGCAGACAAGCAUGGCGAUGGUGAGGUCACAGUCGCAACCCCUUAUCAAAGAUUCGGAGUUGCCUGCCCUCUCGAAUCCCUCAAGGGUAAAAAAGCUGACCAAGUUUUUUGGUACGGAACCACCGCUCAUCAGGCUCUUCCUCCGGGAACUUGGGUAUGAGAAGUACGCAAAUGCAUUCGAGAAGGAGAAAGUCGGCAUGGUCGAGUUGCCUUAUUUGAGCGAGGAGAGGUUGCAGAAGAUGGGCGUUCCCUUGGGACCGAGACUAAGAAUCCUCCAGGAGGCAAGGAUAUCCGUGUGCAAGGAUCCCGUUUACGUCGUAUAAAAUGACAAAUUUACUUUGACCCUCCGUAAGCCGUGAAUCGUACGGAUUUCUCGGUUUGGCACGAGAGAGGAGGAAAAAGAAAAAAACAUUAUACAGUAUUAUAUUUUAUAAAAAAGAGAAAGAGAUAAAUUCUCGUCAAAGGAGUAAAACAAAAGACGUCGAUAGUUUUAAUGGAAACAAAAAAAAAACGGUUAACCAGCGUCUUCCUUCUGUGCCGUUAAAUUUUCUCGAAUCCCAAUCAAAAUACAAAGUAGGAUCUAUGGCGGCCUUUAAGACUUUAUUAAGGUACUAUGUGUAGUUCUAAGUAAGAUAAUUAUUUCCGAUAAGAUUUCGAUUAUUUAUAAUGAAACUCAGUGAGUCGGCAUGACUCAGGCAGCUGUAACUGUAUUCCUUGCGAGUGAAACUCAUCGAGGAGUGCAAGAGGUGGUGCAAAAUAUUUUUGCCAAAGAGACGCAGGAUUUUUUUUUUUAAUUAUACACGAAUACGUGGGGAUUUCUUUUUUCCUUGGUAUGUAUAACGUCGUACGAGAAACGUUUUUCUUUCGGUGAAAAUUUAUACGACGGACAAUUACCAAUUUAUUCGAGUAGAGGAAAAAGAAAAGGAAAAUAAGAAAAUCAUAAAAUACGUCAAAACGUAUCUCGUACCUUACUCUGGGACCUUCUGCAAUUUUUAUACCCAAGAUACACUAAUUACUCGGUGCUGCUCGUACUAGUAUGUAAUUCGUAGGACGAACAAUGCUAUGAGAUUUCGUGUAAGGUCCGUUUUAUCGACGUUAAGAAUUUGUACAGUUAUUAACUAUUCUAUUAUUAUUAUUAUUAUCUUGUUAAUUCUUAUAUUUAAUAAACACACUUCGGGACACCCACCCGUUUCAA